UGGCGCUUCUCCUGGGACCCUUCCCCGUUUGGAAGUGAGCUGCUCCUCUUUCCGCGGGUGGCGUUCCUUCCUUGACCCGCGUGAUCCGUGGGCGGCGGGGAAGGGGCCGAAGGCAGGCUCAGUUUGGUCCAGAUCCGGGAGGUCCACGCCGUCAGACCUUCUCUCGCGGUGGGUCCCGCUUUGUGGGGCGUGCCACAGCUGAGAUUUUGCAAGACGGGAGGGAUCCUUCUUUGAAAAAGAAAGCCCAGAAGAAUGGGAGUGACGCUUUUGGCAGCACCGGGCUGAUCUUUGUGUGCUACCCUGGCUAAAAAGAGGUCCUGAGCGACCCACCCGAAAGGCCCAGUCUUGGACAAUGUGCUUUUGACGAAGGAGCUCUCUCCGCCAGAAGGCUUCAAAAUGAUGAGGAAGAAGAGGAAGCGAGGAGAAGGAGGAGGCCCGCCCGGCUGCUCAUGCACCCGCCCCGCCGCCGCCUCUCCGCUGGAGCCCCGCAGAGCUGCAUGGACGGGCAUGGGGAGGGCGGGCCCGUACUGCGCAUGCGCUGAGGAAGAGCCGCAGCAGCAGCAACGCCGCAAACAGCGCCAACCCCCGCCUCUCCUGGGGCUCCUCGUCGGCCUCGGGCUCCUUCUUCACGCAGGUGAUUGCCAGUUGCAGACGCCAUGUCGCAUCCAGAAAUGCACCACAGACUUUGUAUCGUUGACUUCUCACUUAAAUUCUGCCAUUGAUGGCUUUGAUUUGGAGUUCUGCAAAGCCCUGCGUGCCUAUUCCGCCUGCACCACCCGCAAUUCCAAAGUUUGCCGAGGGAACCUGGUCUAUCAUUCUGCUGUGUUGGGGAUCAGUGACCUCAUGAGCCAGAGGAACUGCUCCAAGGAUGGCCCGACAUCCUCAACUAACCCUGAAGUCAUACAUGACCCAUGUAAUUACAGUGGACGCCAGGGAGGCAGAGAACAACGUGGAGGGGAGCAGACUCCUCCUACAUACUAUUUCUGUGGCUUAUUUGGAGAUCCCCAUCUACGGACCUUUAAGGAUCACUUUCAGACAUGCAAAGUGGAAGGGGCAUGGCCUCUCAUAGACAACAACUACUUGUCAGUACAAGUGACGAAUGUGCCUGUGGUCGCAGGAUCCAGUGCUACUGCCACAAAUAAGAUCACCAUUAUCUUCAAAUCUUACCAAGACUGUACAGAUCAAAAGGUGUACCAGGCAGUGACCGACGAUUUGCCAGCAGCUUUUGUGGAUGGAACCACAAGUGGUGGUGAUGGUGACACCAAAAGCCUACGUAUCGUGGAGCGAGUGAGCGGCAAAUAUGUGGAAAUGCAUGCCCGAUACAUUGGGACGACUGUGUUUGUGCGCCAGCUAGGCCGCUACUUAACGUUGGCCAUCCGUAUGCCAAAAGAGCUAGCCAUGGCUUAUGAAGAGAGCCAGGACCUGCAGCUCUGUGUGAAUGGCUGCCCCUCAAGCGAACGCAUUGAUGACAGCGGACAUCUCCCUUUGCCAGUCAUGGGGCAGCUCCUUCCUCCUGGCGCUUCGAGUCAGAGCCGGUCUGUCUACACGCUGGAGAGUGCCACAGCAAAGUGCCAUGAGAAGAUGCCGCUGAAGGACCUCUAUUUUUACUCUUGCAUCUUUGAUUUGCUCACCACCGGGGAUGCCAAUUUCACAGCCGCUGCUCAUAGUGCCUUGCAGGAUGUCGAGGUGCUGCACCCCAGGAAGGAGAGAUGGCACAUUUUCCCCAACAAUGGGGCUGGGGAUUGGGGGAGCGAGUUGUCUCUUCACCUUGGACUUGUGUGUUUGAUGCUUGUUGUGUUUUUGUAGGUUUUUUUUCCUGUUGUGGUUGAGAACAAAGGGUUUAAAAUAUAUAUUGUCAUAAUAUAUUGAGUAAAGAGUAUAUAUGUAUAUACCAUGUAUAUGAAGGGAUGUUUUUUUCUGUCCUGGGAUACCCAGCGGAUUGUAUAUAUUGUGUUACCAAUUUUUUCCCCAUGUAUGUUGAAUGAAACAUUCUUUUUGAUUGUAAUUUUUUUCCUUGCUUUUUUUGCUUUGCAGUUGGUGAAAUGUUUUAUAAUGUCCUUUCAUCAGGACCUGAUAGAAAGCACUUUAUUUUUUAUAUAUUAAAAUAUUUAUAUUUAUGUGUACUUAGGUAAUAUGUACAGCUUAUAUCUUUGUGUAUAUAUACCAUACCCAGUGCUCCCUCUAAGUAUUUUCUAGCUUAAUCAACAUACUGAUGAUCCUUCCCUUUCCCCUCUCCCAUUCCUUUGGCCAGCUAAGCCUGGCUUAGAAUUCUUGUACAGAUUUGAGAAGAGCCAUCCCUUCUAGUUGGAGCAGCAGUGAGCAACAAUUAGUCCUCCAGAUCUUAUUGAACUGCAGUUCUCAUGGGCUGUGCUGCCUGGGCAUGCUUGAUGAGAAUUGUAGUCCAUAUCUAACUGGAGGGGCUGCAAGUUUCCCACCUUUGCCUGGACGUUGGGCCAGUAGUCUUUGUUUCAUGAAACAAAGAUCUUCCUUUAUUGUUGGUUCUCAUGUUCACAGCAGUCAGAACUGCAUCUUGGUUUUCCCCCCCUUGAUGCAGAUAAUCUUUGCUUCCUUUACUUAAGGACUACUUUUAUCUAAUUAUUUUGUACUUGGGUUGUAAUGCACAAGCACAAAAUGACAUACCUUGUAAUGAUUUGUAUGAAGGGCACAUGUACAGAACAUGAGUCUUCCCCACCCCCACUUCCAAAUGUAUGUGAGCAGGGCCCAAAGCUUUGGGGGGUGAUUUGGAUACAAGUCUCUUUAGUAUAUAUUGGUAUAUGGAUGUCUUCAAGUUGUUUGUAUUAAAUGUGUAGCCUAUUAUAGUAGUAGGCCUUAUCUGGUUCAUUUCUCUCUUUUUCCCCCAUUUCCAGUCUAUAAAUCUGUCCACCCAAACUGCAGGGUAUGUUUUCCGAGUAGCCCCAAAUAUUCUGAAUUUUAGCAUCCUGAAUUGUCAAAAAUAAUAAUAAUAAGAGAGGCAGAAAAUUAAGACUUUCAGUAGCUUAAUCUCAAAACUGUGUGUGCGUGUAAGUAACCGGGAUAAUGGCUCUCAUUGUCUGAUGGGUAGCAGGAGUAGGGAACAUGCUGUGCACUGAAUGCUGUUGGACUAAAGUUCCCAUUGGCUCUGCUACCUGAUUUGCAGCCACAACGCCUUGGAGAACCACGUUACCUACCCUUGCCCUAAAGAAAACUGGCAUAGUUUGAUCCACAUGGUCAGUUCAAUUUUUAACAAGUUUCCCAUUUGUGACAUCUUCCACAGGGCAGCCAUGUUAGUCUGUUAGAACUCACUCAACCCUAGAAUCGUAUGAUGCCUUUUAAAGACCAACAAUGCCAGCUAAAGUGUCUAUGUGUAAUGCGCACUCUUACAUGAGUAGGAGGUUGGACUAGAUUGCAUUUAGGGUAAUGUCACAAUCUAUGAUUCCAUAAGCCCCAUUGAGGAAGUCAGCUGUACCUUGUGAAAAUGAAUGCCACAAGAUUGUUUUUCUAUCUUUUUAUAUAAAGGAGCAGAUCAUAGGCCUACUUUGUAUUCUAUUGCAAAGUAACUCUCUUCCAAGUUAGGUGGAAGAUUUGGAGAUUUAAGAUCCAGAAAAGGUAACCUUUUUGGAGUUGAGGUGCCAGCCGCCUCAAUUCAGAAGGAAUAUACGAUAGAGAGAAUAGUAAUUAAGGCUCAGAUAUGGAAAUCUGUGGUCUGCCCAGUUGUUGGACUCAAGUUUCCACCAGUUCAUGCAUGAAUAUAUUGCCCAGUGGUGUCUAGAGGACCCUAGGUUUCACCUCCCUCUUCUACUUCUAAUGAGAAAAGAAAGGCACCAUGUCAUGAAUGUGUCCUAUUGCUUUGUACUGCAUCAUGUUACUAGUUCAUUACCUUAGGCCCAAGUAACUUGUGGCUCUCAGGAUGUUGGACUAUAGCUUCCAUUGGGCUCAGACUAUGUUGUCAGUUGGGAUACUGCAAAAUGAAGUUCACAAACAUCUGGAGAAGGACAGGCUUGUUGCAAAGCAUAGAUUUUUGUCUCCUUUGCCAAUGUUCCUUGGGAUUUGAGCUUUCUGUCAUCUUUGUGUGUUGUGCUACACCUUUGAUCUGGAGUAGAGCCUGGUUGGGACUCAUUAUGAUCUAUGAAUAGUUGCUAAUUGGGAUUGAAUUGAGGGUUGUUGACAUAUAGUGGUUAAAUCUAUGUGCUGAGGAGUAGUUGGUGAUGUUGCAAUAAAACACUUCCAUAAGACCUAGUAAUAUUAGCCUCUCUUUGGUGGCUCUUCCAGAGAUAGUGAAGUUAAACCCAAGCAUCUGACAGUGCUUUGAUUUAGUGAUAGAAUCUAAGAAAAUACAGUCAUCCUUCCACAUUUGCGGUUUUGACUUUUGCAAAUUUGAUUUAAAAUGUUCUUUCUAGGAAUCUUUUAAUCCUCCAGUAGACCCCAUGGGCAAAUUCCUCUAGUCAUGCUGGAUGAUUUAAGAGAUUUCUAGAAAACAACUUUUUCCAGUGCAAUUCUGUGUUUAGCUUCCUGUGGAUACUAACAAUACAGUUGUGCUGGUGAACCUAGAGAUUCCUGGAGGAUGUUCUCUCAAUUUUUUUUUUAAAAAGGCAAUUUAUUUAUUCAUGUUUUUCACUUUCACAGAGUUUUGGGCCCCUAGCCUCAGUGAAUGUGGAGGUCUGACCGUGUAUCAUUUUAUAACUUGUCAGUGCAGGAAAUGGGCAUAAGGGCAAAACUGCAAUUGUAUGAAGUCAAAAUGGUGUCGAGACUAGGCUCCCAUUUCCUAGUCUCAUGUAAAUUAAUUCAUGCAAUCCCGAACUGUUUUGCUUUACGGAAAAAGAAAAACACACUGCCUUUAAUUGUUUCGGAAAUGGAGUAUUUGAAGCACAAAAAAACCCCUACCCCAUCCCUUGGUUUUGUAUGGAGAGAAACAUGACCUUAGAGUAGUUGAAUUUUACCUUUUUUGUGUGCCAAGUGGUAAGGUAUUUGUGGAAGAAGUCUGGUAGACAAGUCUAGAGUUGUUAGCUGCAAUGUGAGCCCAUCGUAAACAACAGCUGCGUGCUAACUAAUUUCCUGUGUUCCCGAGCCCCACAAGUGUAUAUGUACGCUAAUAUCUAAAUCAUGAAGUCCAGAGAUAAGUAAUAUUUCAGAAAUGUUAGUACCUGGAAUGUAUGUAUGUUUCUUUUCCAUUUUUUUAAAAAUUAGUUUUUAAUUUUCUUGGCCCCGCUGUGGGAUUUCAUGAGAAAAUGUUAUUUGCACAUGUCAGCUCUUGAAGUCCCCCACAGUUAAUGCCAAACAUAUGGAUAGUUUGAAGCUGGUGAGUGGUCUCUGGGGAGAACUUAUGCUUAGAGGGAACACUGGUUUUCACAGACACUCCAAAUGGCUGUCUCUCUCACACAGAAGGCUUCAAGCUGAUUUUUAUGCUUUGAGAGGGAGGGAAAAUGAAUCCCAACCCCACUGUGUGCCCAGUUUUUUUCUUAUUGUUGUUGAAAAGCCCUUUAGAUGUGGUUCAUGGAUAUACUAAUAAGUAUAUGUUUGUGUAAAAAAGAGAAAGGAAAAAAAAGUGACCGUGCAGUGUAUAAAUAUUUUAAAUUAUUACAAUAGAAGAAUAAAGUUACAUACCAUGCUGUGGAA